GUGCGGAGCCGGAUUGUCACUCAGCUCCCGCGCCGGGGGCGACGGAGGCGCCGGCGCCCCAUCCUAGUCCCAAUCACCUACCACCCCACUGGACCUAAUAGGCUGACCUGGGGUUCUCCAGGCAUCCCCCGAGAGAAAAGCUGCUGAAGGCGUCGAGGUGUGAGGGCACUGGGACAGAACAGCUCAGGUGGCUGGGAGCUCUGCCAGCUUUGGCGACCUUGGGCCGGGCUGGUUGCCCUGCGGCGGGAGCCUGGAGGACUAUGAGCUGCUGCUCAGUGUUCAGAGCCCAGCCCAGCCCGGCCGGCGCGGCCCCGGGGCUCUGGGCGGCACCAGGUCCUGGGAAGUUUGGGCACUGGCUCUAGAACCCCUGCCAGCCAGUGGGCAGGAUGGUCCCUGCCUUGCGCCCCUUGGUGCCUGCCUGCUGAUGUGCCCAGCCUGUGUCCACCAUGCCGCCCUCCAUCUCGGCCUUUCAGGCCGCCUACAUCAGCAUCGAGGUGCUCAUUGCCCUGGUCUCUGUGCCUGGGAACGUGCUGGUGAUCUGGGCGGUGAAGGUGAACCAGGCACUGCGGGAUGCCACCUUCUGCUUCAUUGUGUCGCUGGCGGUGGCUGAUGUGGCAGUGGGUGCCCUGGUCAUCCCACUUGCGAUCCUCAUCAACAUUGGGCCACAGACCUACUUCCACACCUGCCUCAUGGUCGCCUGCCCAGUCCUCAUCCUCACCCAGAGCUCCAUCCUGGCCCUGCUGGCUAUUGCUGUGGACCGAUACCUUCGUGUCAAGAUUCCUCUCCGGUACAAGACGGUGGUGACCCCACGGCGGGCGGCGGUGGCCAUCGCUGGCUGCUGGAUCCUCUCUUUUGUGGUAGGCCUGACACCUAUGUUUGGCUGGAACAAUCUGAGUGAGGUGGAGCGGGCCUGGGCGGCCAAUGGCAGUGUAGGGGAGCCCGAGAUCAAGUGUGAGUUUGAGAAGGUCAUCAGCAUGGAGUACAUGGUCUACUUCAAUUUCUUCGUCUGGGUGCUGCCACCGCUGCUCCUCAUGGUCCUCAUCUACCUGGAGGUCUUCUACCUGAUCCGAAAGCAGCUCAACAAGAAGGUGUCAGCCUCCUCUGGUGACCCACAGAAGUACUACGGGAAGGAGCUAAAGAUCGCCAAGUCGCUGGCUCUCAUCCUCUUCCUCUUCGCCCUCAGCUGGCUGCCCCUGCACAUCCUGAACUGCAUUACCCUCUUCUGCCCUUCCUGCCACAAGCCCAGCAUCCUCAUCUACAUCGCCAUCUUCCUCACACAUGGCAACUCGGCCAUGAACCCCAUCGUUUACGCCUUCCGCAUCCAGAAGUUCCGGGUCACCUUCCUCAAGAUUUGGAAUGACCACUUCCGCUGCCAGCCUACACCCCCUGUUGACGAGGAUCUCCCAGAAGAGAGGCCUGAUGACUAGACUCCACCCUCUGCUCCCACUAGCCCACACCCAGCGGGGUCUCAGCCCAGGCCUCACCUGCCUGCUGUCCCGCUGGUCUCCCUGAGUCUGCCCUGGCUGGGCUGUGGGCAUAGGGGAGGCUCUGAAGAGAUAGAUGCCCACAGGGUUGGGGUUCCCUCCACAAAGAGCUAAGUUCCCUGUACCUGUGAGGCCUGCAGGGG